AUGGAGCAUACUGAGCAUCCAAAGAGACAUGAGGACUUCUCGUCACCUGCGACGCCCAGGAAGAAGAGAAUUCGCUACGAGGGAACGCCAGAUGACAGGUUUAUACCUGAUAGAGCUUUUGGUGAGGAUUUGGGCGCCAAGUAUGAACUGUACAAGGCACCAUCCACUCCUAGUCGUGGAAGCAAGAGGAAACCAGAAGACUCGCCAGAAGAUGUAUACGACAACUUGCUGAGGGCUUCCCUGUUUCCUGGAUCGACGACUCCAACUCGCUCAACACCAACCACACUAUUACGGUUUUCAUCACCACGGAACAACGGUCUAUACUCCAAUAUACCACUACUACCUGAUUCAACUAUAUCAGACAAAUAUACUGCCACCCCGUCAAUGUCUAUGGAAGUACAACGGAUAUUGACAACUCCACGUAAACCACCACGACUAGUAGCAAAGACACCGUAUAAAGUACUAGAUGCUCCCGAACUGCAAGACGACUUUUAUUUGAACCUGGUGGACUGGUCAUCCACCAACAUACUAGGUGUAGGACUCGGCACUUGCGUGUAUCUGUGGAAUUCAUCAACAUCCAAAGUCACCAAACUAUGUGACUUGGGACCAUCUGAUACAGUCACAUCUGUAGCAUGGUCUCCCAAAGGUACAUCUAUAGCUGUUGGUACGAAUAGAGGCCUAGUCCAACUAUGGGAUGCUUCUCGAUGCAAAAAAAUCCACGAAUCGACGCGUCAUCACAAUCGAGUGGGAACAAUGGCUUGGAGAGGUGCUAGUCUCACAUCCGGUGGUCGUGAUCGCUGUAUAUACCAUUUCGAUACUCGAGAUACAGCCAGAACUGCCACCACCAUGAAUGCUCAUAAACAGGAAGUCUGUGGCCUGAAAUGGAAUUACGAAGAUACACAGCUGGCUAGUGGUGGAAACGACAAUAAGCUCAUGAUCUGGGAUUGUCGAUCUACUACGCCAUUACAUAAAUUCUCGGAACAUAUCGCUGCUGUCAAGGCUAUUGCGUGGUCUCCUCAUCAACACGGACUACUUGCAUCAGGCGGUGGAACAGCAGAUCGAAAAAUACGCUUCCAGAGCACACUCAACUUCACAUCGCUCAAUUCAAUCGAUACUGGCUCCCAAGUUUGUAACCUGGCUUGGUCGAAAAACUCGAACGAAAUCGUCUCAACACAUGGCUACUCACAGCAUCAAGUCGUCAUAUGGAAGUAUCCAACGAUGACACCUGUAGCAACAUUAACUGGACACACAUAUCGAGUCUUGUAUUUGGCCACAUCGCCGGACGGCCAGAAUAUAGUAACAGGUGCUGGUGACGAGACUUUGAGAUUCUGGAAUGUAUUUGGGAAGAGUAGGCCUAAAGAGAUACCUGCAAGCCCAUUUACACAAUCUGUGCCACGAUAA